GAAAAGGAUGCACAGUUGAUGGUUUUCUUGUUGUUGUCUAGUUUAAGGGAGUCAAUUGGGGGGGAUAAUUCAACAAGAAAUGGAAAUAAAUCUUGGAGCAGCUUCCAUAAAAAUGUGCCAACCAGAAAAGAAUUCAUAAUAAAUCUAUUUAAUUCGGCAACAAAAUAGCCAACAUUUCUUUCACAUUCCCGAGUACAGUUGCAACUGUUACUUUCUAGGUGUCGAACCAGAUCGUUCAAAAAAAUAUUACUCAUAAACAUGAGUUGUUUUAGAUAGUGUAACAGAAGGUGGAUUGUUUUUAUUAAUAUCUGCUAAUCUGGAGUUGUAUGCAUUGGUUGGGGAAUAUAUUAUUAAAGACUUUAAGGUGUAGCCUACCUCUCCCUUACUUUAUUUGGGAUACAGAACAUAAACGCAUAAACAUUAACCGCUGCUUUUUAUCUAUGCAUACUUAUUUUUUUUAACAGUCAUGAAAACAUGUAGACAAUAAUUUAGAACUAAUAAAAAAUCCGAACAUUUAACAAAAAAACAUAUUUAAAAUGAGAAAUAAAAAUAAAUAGAGAUGACAGUUACAUGACCCCAAAUAUUUCAUAAACUAUCGUGGAACGCACAAGAGCAUAUGACGUAGUCUACUACACUUCCCUUGUUGCCGACAGUAGCUAGCUAACGUGGUGUCGUUGAUAUCUCGUUCGAAGUGAUUUGUAACGAAAAUAUAGUUGAAAGGAGUCCUCUGAAGAUACUAUAGAAUCUCUGGCGGAAACAUGGCAGAAGCUCACCAGGCGGUGGCGUUCCAGUUCACUGUCUCUCCAGAUGGCAUUGAUCUGCAGCUCAGCCACGAGGCCUUGAGACAAAUCUACCUUUCUGGCCUGCACUCCUGGAAGAAAAAGUUCAUCCGCUUCAAGAAUGGGGUACUGACUGGUGUUUAUCCUGGCAGCCCCACCGGCCUUAUGUUAGUGGUGGGACUGUACAUGGGGAGGGCAAAGUACAUCCAAGCGGACCCUUCCUUGGGUUUGUUUACCAAAGUUGGCACUCAUCUGCCUGUGAGUCGAUACAUGUCCUUUGAGACGCAGCAGCUGGUCGGCGGAGUGCUAGUUGGCACUGGGCUCUGGGUGGUUAUCAUAUUCACCAUGCGAAACGCCCUCAGGUGGCUGCUCUCCUGGCAUGGCUGGAUGUAUGCCCGCCACGGCACCAUGACAUGGAGGACACGCAUCUGGCUGGUCCUGGUGAAGAUCUUCUCAGGCAUGCGUAACCCCCAGUUGUACAGCUUCCAGACGUCCUUACCACAGCUUCCUCUGCCAUCAGUGAAGGAAACCAUCAGCAGAUACCUUGAAUCUGCUUGUCCGCUCAUGGACGACGAACAGUAUGCGAGGAUGGAGAGUCUUGCCAAGGAUUUUGAGAAAGGCCUGGGUCCCAGACUUCAGUGGUACCUGAAACUCAAAUCCUGGUGGUCUACAAACUAUGUCAGUGAUUGGUGGGAGGAGUACAUCUACCUAAGAGGACGUGGACCAAUCAUGGUCAACAGCAACUACUAUGCCAUGGACUUCCUGUAUGUGUUUCCCACCAGUCUCCAGGCCGCCCGGGCAGGCAAUGCGAUCCAUGCCAUCAUGCUGUACAGGAGAAUGCUGGACCGAGCACAGAUCAAACCGCUCAUGCUUCAAAAUACCAUUCCAAUGUGUUCAGCGCAAUAUGAGCGCAUUUUCAACACCAGUCGUAUUCCAGGCCUAGAAAAACAGGAUACCCUUCAGCACAUGCGCGACAGCAGGCAUAUCGCCGUCUACCACAAGGGGCGCUACUUCAAGGUGCCCAUGUUCUAUGAUGGCCGGGUCCUGUCGCCGCGGGCCAUAGAGCAGCAGAUGGAGCGCAUCCUGGCCGACAACCUCCGAACCCCAGUUUGGGGAGGAGACCCUGCCGCCCUCACCGCUGGGGACAGGGUGCCCUGGGCUGAAGCCCGCGAGGCAUACCUGAGGCAGGGCAGGAACAAGCGGUCCCUGGACGCGGUGGAGAAGGCUGCCUUCUUUGUUACGCUGGACGACACAGAGCAGCGCUACGUUGCCGACGAUCCCGUCCGCUCCCUGGACAGCUACGCCAAGUGCCUGCUCCACGGCAAUGCUAUGGACAGAUGGUUUGAUAAGUCCUUUAACCUCAUUGUGUUCAAGAAUGGGACGAUGGGUCUGAACGCGGAGCACAGCUGGGCCGAUGCCCCCAUCAUAGGGCACCUGUGGGAGCACGUGUUGUCGAUGGACCCUGUGAAGCUGGGUUACACAGAGGAUGGCCACUGCAAAGGCGACCCACAUCCCUCCCUCCCGGGCCCUCAGAGGCUGCAGUGGAACAUUCCUGCAGAGUGCCAGACGGCCAUCGCCCGCUCCCUGGUGGUGGCCAAGGCUCUGGCGGACGACGUCGACUGCCACACUAUCCCCUUCAACAGCUUCGGGAAGGGCCUGAUCAAAAAGUGUCGCACCAGCCCUGACGCCUUCAUCCAGAUCGCCCUGCAGCUGGCCCACUUCAGGGACAAAGGCCGGUUCUGUCUGACCUACGAGGCUUCCAUGACGCGCAUGUUCCGGGAGGGGCGCACGGAGACGGUGCGUUCCUGCACCAAGGAGACCUGCGCAUUUGUUCGCUGCAUGAUGGAAGACAACCCGAGAGAGCUGCGUCUGAAGCUGCUGAAAGAAGCGGCCCAGAGACAUCAGCAGCUUUACCGCCUGGCCAUGACCGGGAAAGGCAUCGACCGCCAUCUCUUCUGCCUCUACGUAGUCUCCAAGUACCUGGGCGUGGACUCGCCUUUCCUGAAAGAGGUGCUGUCGGAGCCCUGGAGGCUUUCAACCAGUCAGACCCCCCUUCAGCAGGUAGAGCUGUUUGACCUGGUCAAUCACCCGGAGUAUGUGUCCAGUGGGGGAGGCUUUGGGCCGGUGGCAGAUGAUGGAUAUGGUGUGUCCUACAUCAUCCUGGGAGACAACCUCAUCAACUUCCACAUCUCCAGCAAGCACUCCAGCCCAGAGACGGACUCUCAUCGCUUCGGAAACCACAUCAAACGGGCCAUGCUUGACCUUUUGGCCUUAUUUCAGCUGGGUGAAAAUUCCACGGUGUGAUUUAUUGUUCCCCCUUGAGACAACGUCAACUUAAACUUCUGUACACUUAAAUUUUAAUAAGGUCUUAGGUGUUUUGAAAAGCAUACGUACAGUAUGAACAAAAGGUGAAUAGCAGCCACUAUAUGGCCGCCGUUUUUAGGUUGUGUACACAGCGCAUGCUAGCACCAAAACAAGCUGACACGCCAUCCAUUUUCCUAUGGUGAGGUUACGCUCAGCUCGUUUCAAAGUGCUGUUGCCUUAAUUAACUGAGGUCUAGUGGGAUGUAGAAUGACUAGAGAGGGAGUGACCAAAAAUACACACUGAGUAACCAAGUUAGAUGCUUCAGCCCGGGCUUACAUUUCAGCCAGUAUUUUCUUGCAUGCAGUUCUUUCUGGUUGCUCACUGCGUGUUUUGAAAUGAGCAAUUAUGUUUUGUUCUCUGUUGAUCUCAGGUUGUUCUACCAUUUUUCUGUACACCACUAAAAAACUGUUGACAGAGGUUCAGCAUACAUUUUAGGAUGUCUUCCACGACUGUGAUACUGUCCUUAAUAUUGACCAGCGUAGAGUCUGAGAUAUUUUAACAAGUACGAUGAAUGACUGUUUUAGGGUUAUACUUAAGAGCCAGUUGCCCAAACAUUAGUCCUAGUCCACUUUGCCUAGCCCCUAAGAAUGUUUUUCUAUUCUCUAUUCAGCAGGUUUUUUUGUCCAGUAUCAGGAAUAUUUCAAAGCUGUGUCCAGAAAAUUGGCCUUAAAUGUAAUCGAUAGUACAAUAUAACUAUUAAGUCUUAAUGGAACUGUGCAAGAAUGUGUCAGUAAAACCCUUUUUCUGCUUACCCAGUGUCAGAUGAACUCAUGCAUAGCAUUUUUGUGUUUCAUGGAAGUUGCUAAUUAGCUUUAGCAUAAUUGAAAGAUAGCAUUGGAGAAUUUAUAAGUAAAAGCUUAAAGACUUAUUGGCUUAUUGGCUAAGUAGUAAAAGGGUUGCUAAAAUCUAUCAAAAUAAGUGUAUUUUCUGUAUUUAUUUAAAUGGCAUGGCCAUUACAUGUUACAUGUCAAUUGUUAGAUGUACAGUUGUAUAAUAUAUCAUUUAAGUAAAUAUUUUAACUUGAUAUUUACAUUUCAGAAGUAUUUGAAAUGUAUUAUCUAUUGCAUUAGUCUGCUGUGAAAGAUAUUACUUUGUGGUUGCUUUUUUUUUUUUCUUUCUUUAUUGCAUUGGCUGUUAUUACAUGUUUUAUUAUUUAAAAUGUAAAACAGCAUAAAUGCCAAAACAAAAUAAAAGUGAAUGUGA